CUUACAGAAUAUCUAAGGGCAGGGGGUUGUAGUGUUUCUUUUAUUGAGGUCUCGAAGGAAUAUGGAAAAGCAAAGUUCAAGAUAGAGUAUGAGUUUGACAAAGUGAAACGCUGUAACUCCAGGGCACUGAUGCCUAGUAAGCUCAUGUCACUAGUUGAAGUGAUUGAUGAACUAAUAAACAUGGACUGUAUUAGUAAGUCAUCCUUGGGGCGGGAGCAUGCAAGGGGGGUUCGCAAAACCCGGAGUAUGGUUAGGGGUGAGUCGGGAGGGGUGGUAGUGGUGCAGGACACGGAUGAAGAGGAUGAGGAUGAUGAGGGGGAGACCGGGUUAGAGGGAGCAAAGAAAGAGGUUGAACAUUCAAUUGCGCUGGUACCGGUGAUGGAGACCCUGGGAAAGAUCUUAAAUAAGAUAGAGGCGCAGGAGAAGAAUAUGCAGACGAUGAACAGGACCCUAGGAGACCUGGGUAAUAAAGUGGGGAAACUGCAAGAGAUGGGUGAACGACAGGAGGCAGACCUGGCCGCCAUCAAGGCCGACUUAAAGGCCCGGCCAGGUCACUGGUGCUCGUUCUGUAAGUCGUCAACCCACGCACUUGAGGAUUGCCGCACUAAGAAAAAGAAGGCAGCCCUAGGGGCAGCCCAGUGUGCUGAGUGCGGGGGGGACAACCAUGCCUCAACACUCCACUUCGUAACUGACCAGAAAAUUAGAGAUAACAUUAAAAUAAAAUUUGGAGCUAAUUUUGUCUUCAAUAACUAACUAACUGUUAGCAUAUGCUUUAUGGGUUUUAAUGCUUCCUGUUUUUCAGAUAUUAUUGGUUUGAGAUAAACUGACGGUGUGGGGCCUGGGAUAAGCAUGGGGAGAAAACGGGCGGGAGCCCGCGCCAAAUGGUUACGCUUAAGAGCUAAGCCAGUCUCUAAGCAAACAACAUCAGGUUUUAGCUUAAAAUUAGCAUACUGGAACUGUAAUGGGAUUAAUUCUCUUAGUAAACAACAGGAGAUUGUGGAAGCUAUGGCCUCAAUGGAGUUGGAUUUAGUGUUUAUAGAUGAAACUCACUUAAGAAAGGGCACAAAUGUGGACAUGUCGGUGUUUGCACCAUGGUCGCCAACUUUCAUAGAACGUGAUUUCAGAAUGAAGUCCGGAGGUGGAAAAUUAAUCCUAAAAUCUGAUAGAGUAAACUGCAGUGAGUGGUCCGCAACGGGGACCGAUAAUGAAUGGAUUAAUAGCGAAAGAUCCUGGUUGCUGGUCCACUCUGGGGGUUGCAAGCUAGCCAUUUGCUCGGUGUACAUGGCUGCUGAGGUUUCAGCUAAUAAUGACUUCCUGGCAUGGAAUGAUUGUCUUUACAGUUCAAUUCAGGGUGAAUUGAAGGGUUUUCAGCAGACAGGAUAUAAAUGCAUAAUCAUUGGGGAUAUGAACGCUCAUGUAGGGGAUAUGCAAGAGGGAAUAGUUGGUAACAGGCCCGGAGUGAACCUAAAUGGCAGAAAGUUGCUUAACUUUGUCAAUAAUAACGGGUUAGUUAUGCUCAACAAGGAUAAAAGUAUUUGCUCUGGAACAUUUACAAGAAUUACCCCGGUAUCUAGUUCUAUUCUAGACUAUGUCUUAGUAACCCCAGAUUUGACUAAGGAAGUGGUCGGAAUGGCCGUUGAUGAGGAUCUGGCUCUCUUCACUGGUAGUGAUCAUGUGGCGAUAACUGUAGACUUGCUUUUGGACUGCCAGCAGGAACCUAGUCCUGAUAGGGCCAAUGCCGGGCUAUUCCUGCGUCCAGAUAGAGACUUGUCAAAAGCUAAGGCAAUCAUGGACGUCUAUCUUAGCGAUUGUAGCUGGGAAGAUUUAACGCUAGAUGACAAAUGUGUUAAACUACAAGAGAUCUUGGUAGCGGCGAACACGGAGGCCUAUGGGGGGGAUAAGCCAAAAAAAGUCCGGAAAGUAAUGCGCAUUAAAAAACUGAGAGCUAGAAAGCAAACUGCUGAAAGGAAAAGGAAUAGAUUAUCUUUGAUCAGGGCAAAAAAGAAACUCAUAAAUGAGGAUCUGUCUGCUCAAGAACAUGAUCAAUUAGUGGCCGCAGCUAUAGAAUGUAACGACCUUAGUGAGGAGAUUAAGAAGAAAGAGUUAGAGAUUAAACUUGAUAAGAGGAGGUCGGUUAGGUCUAGAAAGUCUAAUAUUGAUAAGCAGUUUUGGAAUCUUGCAAGAAGAGUUGAGAAGAAGAAAGGGCUGCUUUCAGCUAUCAAUGAUUGCGACGGGAAAUUAGUUACUGAGUUUCUGCAAUUAAAAGACACUGUGGUGACGGAGAUGGCCAAGGUUUCUUUGGGUCAAACCUCAAAAAUCUUUAUCUCUCGAGGUCAACAAUUGUUGAAGGAAAUUUCAGUAAAGAACGAGUGCGCAUUCGAGAAAUGGUGUCCAAAGGAACGGGAUGAGUUUGAAUAUCAGGAUGAGGUCUGCCAGCCUGUUGGUGUGGCAGAUGUCAUGGAGGUAAUCAAAUCCCUUAAGUUAGACAGAGCUCCUGGUAUAGAUAAUGUCACGCCCUCAAUGUUAAAAAGUGCGAGCACAUCUUUUAUAGGGAAAUUGACUGAUGUAGUGAAUGAGUCCCUGGAGGAGGGUAAGGUUCCAGCCUCCCUUCUAGUGGGUAAAAUGACCCUUAUUGACAAAAAAGAACCGUCACUAGAGGUGGCUAAGAAACGCCCCAUUACAGUUUCAAGUGUGAUGCUCAGUAUGGUUACCAAAAUAGUCCAGAAACGAAUGGAUUCCAUCUGUGAAAGGGAAGGCUUCUAUGGACCGGUGCAGUAUGGGUUCAGAAGCAGAAAGUCAACAGUCGACUGUGUGUUUAUGAUACUGGCCGCAUUACGUAAGGCAAAAAGGAAGCACCAGUCAAUUUCUUUGGCUUUCUGUGAUAUUGCGAAAGCUUAUGACUCAGUUUGCCGGGAACUACUCUACACAAAGCUUCGGAGUAUUGGUUUUGGAGGGAGGGUAGUGUCCCUUAUUCGGUCGAUGUAUUUCAAUGACUGUGUGCGGAUUAACUUAGCACAUGGAUUGACGGAACCGUUGUUUUUCACCCAAGGGGUUAAGCAAGGGUGCAGCCUAUCCCCUUUACUGUUCGCUCUUUAUAUUGCGUCCCUAGGGCUAGCUCUGGACAGUUCUAAGCUUGGGGUCAGGCUAGGAAAAGCUAUGAUAACAGCUAUCCUUUUCGCGGACGACCUGCUCUUGCUAUCUAGAACCCCUAAGAGAGGAAUGAAUAAGCUUCUUAGAAUUGUUUCAAGAUUCUGCACGGACAUGCACAUGAAGCUUGCCACCUCUAAGACCUACAUCCUUACCAAUGCCCCAAAUGAGACUUCUUGGAAGGUCGAUAACGUCACUAUUGAAGAGAUUUUAGUGGCCAAGUAUUUAGGGGUGACUAUCCAGGUACGCGGCAGGUCUAUGAUUGGGGUGUAUGAGAAGGACAUGAUCAGGAAGGCCACUAAUUAUGCUUACGCCAUAAUGAACAUAUCAAGGGGAGCCCUUGAUAGGGCCAUGGUUGCCAAGAGACUCUGGGAGUCGUGCGCCAUCCCUUCAAUCCUGUAUUGUGUGGAGGCUGCGAUUCUUAAGAAAGCUACUAUUGUAGAGCUAGAAAGACUACAAUGCAUGGUAGGUAGGUUUAUCCUUCAGAUACCUCACUCAUCCUCUAAGGUACUCACCUGGAUGGAUGCAGGCCUCAUGCCUAUGGCACACAGAAUUCAGACCAGACAAGCUCUGUUCAUCUGGAGUAUUCUGAAAUCCAAGUUCAAUACGCUUCUAUUGGAGGUGUUACGGGAACUGCUGGAUCACCCUACAGACCCUUGGGUGAAAUCCUGGAUGGAGAUUCAGAGGGAGGUUGGGUCCAUUGCAAUGUUCUCAAGCAGAAAGGAGUUGCAGAAAGCAAUGUCAGAUAGAGCUGUGAGAUUUGUGGUAUCAACCAAAAGAGGUCAUUCCUCUGCUGUUGCAGCCUCCCAGCCGUGGAAGUGGUUCCGACUUCAGGGUUUUGUGAACGAUUCCAGGGCGAGUAGGACUCUGUGCAGGGUUCGGGCUGGUAACGCAGAGCUAGGUAACAGAUACAAGGAUAGAUACGGCUGUACCCAUGUUUUGUGCCCAUGGUGUCUCUCAAAAGGUGUCCGUGCCAGGCUAGUAGAGUCUCACGUGGUCCUUAUCUGCCCAUGUGUAGCGGCACAGCGUAGGGAUUUUGGGAUUGCAGAUUUUCACUCAAGCUAUGCCGGUCAUGGUAAGAAACCUCUAUGGCAGAUUCUCAGGGCUUAUCUUGGGGGGGAUGGGUCAGACCAAGUAGUCUUACUUGAAAGAGGGAGGAAAAUGGCAGUGUUAUUGGAGUCAUGGCUGGUUAAAAGUCAUGAAGGUGAUCUGUAGGCCGAUAGCUUUCAAGGAGAAGAAAAUAUGUGAAGCGUAUUCAAUGCUAAAAGGACAAGGAGUUAUACAAGAAGAUCCUGUUCAUGUCAAACAUGCUGUAUUUG